AUGGCCGAGAAGCUCGUCUCUGUCGGCACAGCCUCAGACACGGUCACAGUCGUCGUUGCCGGCCCUGCGGCAGCCGCUUCUGCAGAGAGCGCGUUCAACUUCUCCUUCGCAUCGUUGGCACGGUUCGUCUGGACACCUGUCCCUACGGCAAGUCCAAUGACGGCAGCAGACAAGGCGGCGAUAAUGAUGGACAAGCGGAAGGAGCUUGCCCUUCGCACAGCCAUCUUCCUGUCCGCCGCGCCCCUGGCCACCGCAUUUGCCUCGUCUCUCGCCUUUCUCAUUGUGUCUCUCGCAAAGAACGGGCCCAUCGCCCCGUGGCGCCUCCUUUUCCUCCUCGAGGGCUUCCCCUCGGUGCUCAUCGCCCCCAUCGCCUGGCGUCUGAUUCCCGACUCGCCGCAGACAGCAACCUACCUCACCCCGCGCCAGCGAAAAGUCGCCCGCCUGCGCCUGCGCAACGAGGAGACGCCGCCCUCGCCAUCCUCGGCCGCCGACGCCGCCUCAACGUCCCCGCAGACUUCUUCGACACCUGUCCCAAUGCUGUAUCACGCCCCCAUAGUGGUGGCCUCCAUUCAGCACUGCAAGGGAUGA